GAAAGUUUGACCCGGAAAUCUAGGCUGUGUCGCUUUUCUGUUUCACUUGACAUUAGCUGAGUCCAAGACCAGCCGAGCGAGACGGCUAACAAGUUUUUUUCUUUUCUUCCCCCUGUCGGUGUAAACAAUGCGUGAGUCUUGACUCGCGGAAAAGCGAUCUUAGUGGCAGUUUGUGGAUUUUCUCGACUACGUCCAGCGCUGUUGCGUGGACUUGUGCCUGGGCGGCUUACUCUUGUUCCUGGCCGGGCUGCAGCAGGCGGAGGCUGCCGCAGCCGCAGCCGCAGCCGCUGGAGCAGCCGCUGGAGCCCCCACGGCAGAGAUGGUCAACCUGAACUGGAAGCCGUUCAUCUACGGCGGGAUGGCGUCGAUCGUCGCAGAAUUCGGCACGUUCCCCAUCGAUUUGACAAAGACGCGGCUCCAGGUGCAGGGUCAGUCCCAGUACAUGGAGGUGCGCUACAAAGGCAUGUUCCACGCCCUGUUCAGGAUUGGCAAGGAAGAGGGCAUCCGAGCGCUCUACUCAGGGAUCUCUCCUGCGCUCUUGAGACAAGCGUCUUACGGGACCAUCAAGAUCGGAACCUAUAACUCCCUGAAGAGGCUUUUUGUCAGUCGCCCAGAAGACGAGACCAUGGUCAUCAACGUCUUCUGUGGAGUGGUCUCCGGCGUCCUGUCGUCCUCGCUGGCCAAUCCCACGGAUGUCCUCAAGAUCCGAAUGCAGGCGCAGGGCAGUCUGCUGCAAGGCAGCAUGAUGUCCAACUUCAUCAACAUCUACCAGACGGAGGGCACCAAAGGCCUGUGGCGAGGCGUCAUUCCCACGGCGCAGCGGGCCGCCAUCGUCGUCGGCGUUGAGCUUCCCGUCUACGACAUCACAAAGAAACACCUCCUGCGGUCAGGCGUCAUGGGCGACACCAUUUUGACACACUUCAUUUCAAGUUUCACAUGCGGCCUGGCGGGGGCGCUGGCCUCCAACCCCGUGGACGUGGUGCGCACGCGCAUGAUGAACCAGCGGGUGCUGUCGGGGGCACCCAUGUACAAAGGCACGCUGGACGGCGUGAUGCAGACGUGGAGGAACGAGGGCUUCUUCGCGCUCUACAAAGGAUUUUGGCCCAACUGGCUGCGGCUGGGGCCUUGGAACAUUAUCUUCUUCAUCACCUUCGAGCAGUUGAAGAAGCUCCCGUUGUAAGGUGGGGAGCGAUCGUCGGGGCAGCGCCGAUCUGUCGGACUGUCGGCCAUGCGGCAUCUUGGGGGGUGGGGGGGAGACGCGGAAGAAAAAGUAAUACUGGGAGGGUUGUGGCACCGGCGUCUAUUCACACUCCUUUACCAGCAACUCCACCACAGCAUCAGCCAAGCCUCUCCACACACUCGUGCAACACCUCAUGUGUAUUUUAUUUUGUCUUUUUUGUGGGGGGGGGAGCAGGGGGUGCUCCUUUAUUCAUGGGUGACGGAUUCUGUUUUCACCACAGUCGUGAGCACUGACACCAGGCAGCUACCGGUACUUUUAUCAGGGCUCUAGCAGGAGACAGACAAGGGGGAGUUAGAACCUGGUUACUGCGGCACACCAGGUGAGUUGGAACCUCAGCUUUUCUUCAAAGAUAAUUCAUCUAAAGUCACGCGCAUCCGAGAGGCUUGAAAUGUUUUGUCAGUUGCAUUACAAGAACUUGAUAGUAAGGUGCCAUGUACGUUUAUUAUGUUUCGUUAGGCCGGCGAUUCUCGAGGCUGAAAAAAGCCAGACGACGCAAGCAUCAAUCUGAACCAAAAGCCUUUUGCUGUGACACUGGUAGCGACGUGUAUUUUGCGCUUUAGGGCUUGUGCGGGUCACGACUAACAACGAAGGUCAAACGUGCCAAAAGUAGUUUCACUCUUAAAUAUUGCCUAUAUACUGUACUACUCUCACAAUGUCUGUGACAGUCUUUUCGCAUCGCUCUUGCAAUCUGCCGAUGACAAAAUAAGCCCCUGACAUCUGGAAGUUGGCCUGUUUUACUGCCACUUCUCUUCCCUCCCCCCCCCACUUUCCCUGUGUGAUAAUAUGAGCCGUUGCUUUCAUGUCAUCAGCAGGUUGCAAUCGAGCCUGGAAGCAUCUUUUCAAGCAGGAAAGGGGGGGGGGAAGAGAAGGGACAAUAAAACAGGCCAAAAUCCAGACAUCAGGGAUUCUCAUCAGCAAGUCGCAACAGACACAUUGAGAGACUUAAAGAGUCACAGAAAGCUUCACAAGUGGAUUACGGCAUGGAUUAACAUUGUCACAAAACUGUAAUAAGGCACACAAGCGUCAAAAGAAGUCAAAAAUCUCUUCUGAGUUCUGAGGCACAUUUCUGGUUUUGGAAGGGAGAUUUGGCUUUCACAUGCUUUUCAUUGGCCGCUGACUGAGAAACAAAUCAGUGGUCGUCGUGCGGUUGGUAGUCUGCAUCCAUGGUCCCAAAACAUUGAAAAUUGCUCACUUUUGAAAGAAUCGUUGCAGUUUUUGGUACUCAACCGAGCCUCGCAUAACUUGUGUGCGUGUGUGUCUGCCACAGAGUGCGCCUUCGUAUUUAAUGAUUAUUGUUUGAUACCUAUUUAUUUUCACGAGUGGGUCCAGUCUGGCGUUUUUGUUUCAUUUUAUUUAUUUUUUUGGGAGUCGAACACGCUUAAAUUGACGCUGCUUUCAUUCCCGCUCACGCGUCUGUUUUACAAUCAGACACGUCACUUCAGCGCCCGGUCGUUCAUUCAAUGUUACAAAAAAAAAGGCUCAAUUAUACUUUUAUGGGUUUUUUUCCGUGUUUUCUGAUUUUUGAUUGUAGCUAUAUAAAGCACUUUUUGCCUUUUGUUGUAUUGAAUAGAAGAACUGAAAUAUACUCCAUAGGUCAUCCAAAUGUUUUUAUAAAGGCACACUCAAUUUUUGAAAACAAUGCAACAAUUUGCACUUUGGGCUCAGUUCUUUCUUUUCCUGUUGUUGUUGGCGGUGGUGGUUUUACUUGUUGAAAUUGUUGACAUUUUAUGCUGGUGGUUUUGGAUGCAGAUUUGUUGAUUGUCAUCUGUUGUGUGUCAAAAAAAAUGGCUUCAAUCCAUGUACACUUCAAAUAAUUAAAAAAACAAAAAAAAAUCAAUUGUAUCCAGUGAUUUACUUUUCUUUUUUUCACCCAUAGUGAAGAAUAAAAAAAAAA